GGAAAGCUAACACCGACAGCGACAUAGGAACCGGGAUCCUGUCGACGCCAGAAGUUCAUGCAGUCCUAUCGCUGGGCGUUUUGUGUUCUGGAAAUUUCGCUAGUCGUAAACAACAGUGAUCAUGGCAGAAGCCCACCAGGCGGUGGCCUUCCAGUUCACAGUCACACCAGAGGGCAUUGAUCUGCAGCUGUCUCAUCAGGCCCUCACUGAAAUUUAUCUCUCUGGGGUUCGCUCCUGGAAGAAGCGCAUCGUUAGACUCAAGAACAGUGUCAUAACAGGGGUAUAUCCUGCUAGUCCUUCCUCUUGGCUUUUUGUGGUCAUAGCCAUCCUGGCAACUAUGUACACUCGCUCUGACCCCUCCAUGGGACUCAUAGCCAAGAUACAGGAGCACCUGCCGGUCAGCCAGUCAAUGAGCACCCAGUGUCAAGCAGUGGUGUCAGCGGUCCUCUUCAGCACGAUGCUGUGGCUCCUACUCAUCUUCACCAUGCGUCUCUGCCUUAAGCAGCUCCUCUCCUACCAUCGCUGGAUGUUCGAGCAGCACGGCAAGAUGUCCAACACCACUAAAGUCUGGGUGGCACUGGUGCGGAUCUUUUCUGGCAGAAAGCCUCUGCUCUACAGCUACCAGGGUUCGCUGCCAAACCUGCCUUUGCCAACCACCAAGGACACAGUCAAGAGGUACUUGGAGUCAGUGCGUCCACUAAUGGAUGACACCCAGUUUGAACGCAUGACCAAGCUAGCCACAGAGUUUGAGACCACCCUCGGUAACCGUCUACAGUGGUACCUCAAACUGAAAGCUCUGUGGGCUGCCAACUACGUCAGUGACUGGUGGGAGGAAUAUGUUUACCUACGGGGACGAAGCCCAAUAAUGGUCAACAGCAACUACUAUGGCAUGGACUUCUUGUAUGUGACACCCACACCCAUCCAGGCAGCCAGAGCAGGCAAUACCAUUCACGCAAUGCUACUAUAUCGCCGCAAACUCAACAAAGAAGAGAUUAAACCAAGCCGUAUACCAGGUACUGUCAUUCCUCUGUGUGCAGCUCAGUGUGAGAGGAUGUUCAACACCACACGCACUCCUGGAGAGGAGACCGACACUGUUCAGCAUUGGCAGGACAGUGAUUAUGUAGCGGUUUACCACAGGGGGCGCUACUUUCGCCUUAGAGUGUACCACUCAGGCCGCCUCCUCUCACCCAGGGAGAUAGAAUUCCAAAUUCAGAGGAUACUUGACGACACUUCACCUCCUAGCAAAGGAGAGGAAAAGCUCGGAGCUCUGACAGCUGGCGACAGAAUUCCAUGGGCCAAAGCCAGGGUGAAGUAUUUCAGCAGUGGAGUCAACAAACGAUCUCUGGACUGCAUCGAGAAAGCUGCGUUCUUUGUUACCCUAGACGAUGAUGAACAAGGCAUGAUGGGAGAUGACCCAGCAGCUAGUUUAGAUCGCUACGCCAAGUCCUUAUUGCAUGGAAAAUGUUACGACAGGUGGUUCGACAAAUCUUUCUCCGUCGUUUUCUACAAAAAUGGGAAGAAUGGUAUGAAUGCCGAGCAUUCAUGGGCAGAUGCACCAGUGGUAGCACACUUAUGGGAGUACGCCUUAGCCACUGACAGUUUCCAGCUUGGGUACAAUGCAGAGGGUCACUGCAAAGGAGAAGUGGAUUCAUCACUACCAAAACCACAAAAGCUGAACUGGGAAAUCCCUCCAGAGUGUGAAGAGCUGAUCUCUCAGUCUCUGGCAGUGGCCCAGAACCUGGCGGACGAUGUGGAUUUCCAUGUUUUCUCUUUCCGAGAUUUUGGCAAAGGAAAGGUGAAGAAGUGCCGAGUCAGCCCAGAUGCCUUCAUUCAGAUUGCUCUUCAGUUGGCCUACUACAGGGAGCGGGGUUCCUUCUGCCUGACAUAUGAAGCUUCUAUGACUCGCUUGUUCAGGGAGGGCAGGACUGAGACGGUCCGGUCCUGCACCAGUGAGAGCAGUGCCUUCGUGCAGGCGCUUGACGGUGAAGAGCCAGCUGAUGUGAGCAGGCGUUUGUUCCGUGCAGCGUCAGAAAAGCACCAGCAACUUUACCGCAUGGCCAUGACAGGAGCAGGCAUCGACAGACACCUGUUCUGCCUCUAUGUGGUCUCCAAAUACCUGGGAGAGGAGUCUCCGUUCUUGAAAGAGGUGCUGUCUGAGCCCUGGCGUCUGUCUACCAGUCAGACUCCAGUCCAGCAGGUGGAGCUGUUUGACCUGGUCAACCACCCAGAGUAUAUCUCCUGUGGAGGAGGCUUUGGCCCGGUGGCUGAUGAUGGUUAUGGAGUAUCCUAUUGCAUUGUGGGAGACAACAUGAUCAACUUCCACAUCUCCUGCAAACACUCCUGCCCACAAACUGAUGCCCAUAAAUUCGGUGCUCAGAUCAGAAAAGCCCUGCGCGACAUUUUGCAACUCCUGAGCCCCAACCAACAGGAGAAAGAGCCCAAAAAAACAGGAGAAAGUCGGCCAGAGGUCAAGAAAGACCAGUAGAUGUCUGCUGAGGGAAAACAAUGCUGAAGGGAUGAUGCACAGGUGUAUCUGGUAGAGUAGAGAAAAACCUCAAACUGUGGAAGAAGUUAAAUGUCUGUCAGCGGAUGUUCCAGAGAGGGAGGCGUUGUGAAAGUGGUGUUACUGGUGGGAUUUUAUUUUACUGACAUAUAUUUAUAUUUGUGUAUUACCUGUAAGAAUGGGGAAAAAAAAGUACCAAUACAUAAAUGUUUAUUGGUAUAAUUUUUAUUUUUCAUUUGUUUCAACUAUCAACCCCUUCAGAUCAGUUUUGUCGUUGUGGUCAAAGCCAAAAAUUUUAAUAGUGCCACUUAAAAGUUAUGAACUCUUAAUACACAUUAUGUCAGAAGUAUUUUACAAUUUUAAUUAAAGUAUGAUAUGACACUGUUGAGUGUGCCAUAGCUUUCGCACCACUAAUUUGCUGUUGUUGAAAUUGUUUGAUAAAUACAGAGGGAAGUGUGUGAUAUGCCGAGUUGCAGAACAUUGGCAGUGAGAGUCAACAUGAAGGACUGUUGAGGUUUCUACCAUUUGAAGGCAAAAGUGCAGUACGAGCAAGUCCAGGUAUUUCUGAACGAUGGAAGUCUGUGACUUCUCAGUGUUUACUUAAAAUGUAUUAUUCUGCUUUCUACAGCAGCAUAUGAUUGUAAUGGUCUGCUGAGAAUGCCAGGCUGUUUAUACACAUAGACAGAGAUGCCAAUGCGAACUGUGCCAUUUCACUAACUGGUAUUAUUAGUGCCACCUCAUCCAGGAGUUAACUUUUAUUUCACUUUUUAAACUCAGUAACUGUACAUUCAGAGUGAAGUAGGUCAGUUUACCUUUCAGUAAGAAAUUCAACAACCCAAGUUAAAGCUGUACUGUAAUGAAUUCCAGUUAUUUCACUGCCAUCCAUGAAUCUGUUUUCUAUUUUUUCCACUGUUAUUUUUUAAAAAAGCACCAUAACAAUGCAAGCUAUAUUUAUGAACAUGUGUAAGUAUUCAGUCUCAAGCAGUACUGCAGGUCAGAUGUGAAUUACAUAUUAAGUGACAUUUUGUGUUCAAGCCAUCUGAUUUAAAGGAUGUUACCAGUGACACAGAUUCCUUUCGUUUUUUCUCCACUGAGUAUGUUUAUAUGUACACAGUUGUUCUGGUUUCACAAUCCAUAUCCUGUUUAUAAGAAACUCCAGAACUGCUUGCAAGAAUUCAACGAAGGAAACUAAGGACAGUUUUACAACAUCUUAUCCUGGUUUCUGAUCAUUUUGUGUCAUGUUUGCAGUCACUGUAAUGGGCAGUAGACACAUCUGUAGGCACCUGAUCAGAAAUCUAUGUACUUAUGCUGAUUUCACAUGCUCCGUGUAAAUGCCACUGAACCAGGACCCUAGUGUGCAUUUAAACAUACUCAAUGAAUACUGCCUUUUUUUGUUUUUGCUUAUCUUAUUAUACCGCUAUUGUUAGCCUUUCUUAAUGCAAUAUUAAAAGGGAACAAAAUA